AAUCUUAAUCUUAUAACUUGGUCACCCGGCAGAGAGUUAUAUAAGGAUGCCAAUCCUACCAACAACAAACAUAAUUUGAUCUAGGCUAAAACCCCAAAUAGACAUGAAGAUGAAGAUGGUUUGUCUCCUGCUCUUCUUUCUAUUUGCAUUUCCUGUCUCACAUUCUUCUCCUCCUUAUUCUGAUAAAGAUGAUCUUUUGGCUUUUAAAAGUUCUCUCUCUCCUGACUCUCACAAAGUUUUACAUGAUUGGUCUUCCAAUUCUUCUUUUUGCAACUGGACUGGUGUUGUUUGUUCUCCUCGUCAUCAUCAACGUGUGGUUUCCUUGAAUCUAACAGGUAUGUCUUUAGUGGGCACCAUCUCUCCUUUUCUUGGCAAUCUAUCUUUUCUUAGAGUACUUGCUCUUAGGAAUAAUAGCUUCUAUGGCCAAAUUCCGACUAAGUUGGGAAGGCUUUUUCACCUUCGAAUACUUCGAUUAUCUCGAAAUCAAUUAGAAGGCUUUAUCCCCUCCACUUUGGCUGAUUGUCGUUCUUUACAAGUUCUCAUUCUAUCUUAUAACAAUCUGAGUGGCAACAUUUCAUCUGAGCUAGGCAAACUUACUCAACUCACAGUGCUUAGUCUCUUUUCAAACAACUUUUCAGGAACAAUUCCUAGUGAAUUAGGUAUGCUUACUCAACUCACAGAGCUGUAUCUUGGUCAAAAUUACUUAUCUGGAGCAAUUCCUAUUGAAUUUGGUAUGCUCACUCAACUCACAGUGCUUAAUCUCUAUUCAAACAACUUUUCAGGAACAAUUCCUAGUGAAUUAGGUAUGCUUACUCAACUCACAAAGCUUUAUCUUGCUGAAAACUACUUAUCUGGAGCAAUUCCUAGUGAAUUAGGUAUGCUUACUCAACUCACAAAGCUUUAUCUUGCUGCAAACUACUUAUCUGGAGCAAUUCCUAAUGAAUUUGGUAUGCUCACUCAACUUAUAGUGCUUCAUCUUGGUGACAACUACUUGUCAGGAGGAAUUCCCACUGCCCUUUCUAAUUGCACUCAUCUCCAGGUUUUGAGGUUAUAUGCUAAUCAAUUAAUUGGAUACAUUCCUUGGAAGCUUGGCCAUUUAUCAGAGUUGCGAACAUUUCUUUCAUGGGAAAACCAUCUCACUGGAGAGAUCCCCAGCUCCUUCUCCAAUUGUACUCAACUUCAGCAUCUUGAAUUAGGUGGGAACCAACUAAGUGGCACAGUGCCAUUGGAGUUCGGAAAAUUGCUCCAACUUCAAUGGUUUUUGAUAGAGGAAAAUAAUCUCACGAGCAAAAACAAUGAUUUGUCUUUUCUAACAGCCUUGACUAAUUGCUCCUCCUUACAAGAAAUAGACUUGUCUUAUAAUUAUUUCACUGGAAUAAUGCCUGCUUCUAUUAGCCAAUUAUCAAGCCAGCUAUACGAAUUGACUUUAAGCUACAAUAAAAUUGGGGGAAACAUACCAGGGGGCAUUGGCAACCUCACAAAGUUGGCAACUUUAGACUUAUCCAGCAAUCAUUUCAGUGGGACCAUUCCAUCUAGUCUUAGCCUGCUUCUAAAUCUUGAAAGAUUAUUUUUGGACAAAAAUAGUUUAUGUGGAGGAAUACCCGAAAGUUUAGGUGAUGCAAAAAGGCUUGGACUGCUAUCAUUGAGUGAAAAUAUGAUUUCAGGUCAAAUUCCAGACGCUCUUGGCAAUCUUUCACAAUUAAGGGAUCUUAUUCUUCAUCACAAUCAACUUUCAGGGAAAGUGCCAGCAACUUUAGGGAGAUGUAUAACUUUGGAAAAGGUAGACUUAGCUUACAACAAACUAGAUGGAAACAUACCUCUUGAAUGGGCAAGUCUUGUCAAUCUCCAAUUUUAUUUCAACGUUUCUAGCAAUUUAUUACAAGGUUCUAUUUUAGUAAUGAGUAAAAUGGCAAUGGUUCAAGCUAUAGAUGUUUCUCUCAACAACUUCUCAAGUGAAAUUCCAGCUGCAUUGUCAAGUUGCACAAACUUGCAAUAUUUGAAUCUUUCAUGGAAUUCAUUUUACAACUCAAUACCAGCAUCAGUCACAAAUCUAAAAAAUCUUGAAGUCAUUGAUCUCUCAGAAAAUGAUUUGUCAGGUACAAUCCCAAUGGCUAUCCAGGAAAUGAAAAUGCUUCAACAUAUUAACCUCUCUUCAAACAAAUUAAUAGGAGAGGUUCCAAGGGGAGGAGUUUUUGCAACAAUUGAUCAGUCAGCAAUUUCAGGAAAUGUUGGACUUUGUGGCAAGUGGAUUAAUUUUCCACCGUGCUUGGAUUAUAAGCACAAACAACUCUCAACCUCCAUAAAGGUGAUAGUACCAAUUAUGAUUGGCAUUGCAAUCUUUAUUAUGUCUUCCAUACUCCUAAUUUUUUAUAGAAGGAGACAUAUUAAUCAAAAUACCAUUCAAUUCGACAUUGGGUCUAAAAAAAUUGCAUAUGAAGAACUUGUAGAUGCAACUGGUGGGUUUAGCCAAACUAAUCAGCUAGGAGUUGGUAGUUUUGGAUCUGUUUAUAGAGGGAUUCUCAACAAUGGUACACAUGUUGCUGUUAAAGUUUUCAACAUGCAGGAUGAAAAUGCUGUCCAAAGUUUUCAAAGAGAAUGCAAUGUGUUAAAAAGAGUUAGGCACCGCAAUGUGAUCAAAAUCAUUUCGGCUUAUUCUAACCCUGAUUUUAAAGCAUUGGUUCUUCCAUUCAUGUCAAAUGGAAGUUUGGAGAGAUGGUUAUAUCCCGAAGGAGAAGAUGAAUGUAAAUUAAGUUUGGCUGACCGAUUAAAAAUAGCAAAGGAGAUAGCACAAGGAAUGGAAUAUCUACAUCAUUAUUGCUUUGUGGAAGUCAUUCAUUGUGAUCUAAAACCUAAUAAUGUGUUGUUAGGUGAUGAUAUGACUUCAUAUAUAGCAGACUUUGGCAUUACCAGACUCUUUUUUGAGAAUUCAAUGGAUUCAGUGACUUCUGCAAGUGUACUAAAGGGAUCUAUUGGCUACUUUGCACCAGAGUAUGGAAUGGGUGGAAAAAUUUCAACCAAAGGAGAUGUAUAUAGCUAUGGAAUUCUGCUUUUAGAAUUGUUGACAAGGAGGAGACCAACAGAUAAAAUGUUUGUAGAAGGUAUUAAUCUGCCAAAAUGGGCAAGCAUGCAUUUUCCAAAUAAGAUCACAGAAGUGGUGGACAGCCAACUACUUAGAAAUGUUGAAGAAUUAAAUAAAGUAAUGGUAUUGGGAUGUCUUUCUGAAUUCAUGCAAAUAGGGUUGAUUUGCACAAGGGAAGAUCCACACCAACGCCCAACAAUGAUGGAGACUGUUCAGAGAUUAGAAAAAAUAACAAGUGUAUUUCUUGGUAUUCCUAGAGCUUUUCAUUUGCCCAUAGAUAUCUCACCUUUGCUUGAGGGUACCAGUAAUCCAAGAAAUACUAAUGAAGAAAAUUUUGAAAGUUGGUCAACAUCUACAUCUUAGAUCUUCACGCAGCUUAAUGACAGUGGUAUUCAAUGGAAGGAAUAAUGUUCAAGCUUAGGAGUGCAAAUUAUGACUUCCAGUUUUAGGCAUCUCUGCACUCAUCAUAAGUCUCCAUCUUCAGCUGUUCAACGUUUGGUUGUGUUGCAGCUUUUGGUUCAACAUUGUGGUUUUGCAUUUCAAUAUUUGGGGCAGCAUGAUGAUUCUAUUUGUUUUACUGUCAGAAAUUCCAGUCUUAUAUUCUG